GUGUCGGCUCCGAGCUUCAACAGCUCCCCACACGCCCGCGCCUCACUACUACUUGGCUGCGCGUGCGCUCUUGCUUUUUCGUUUCUUUCAUUCCUUUGAAUUGCAUAUCCACUGCUUGUAUGAGUCUUUGGCGUUAGGUCUUUAGCGUGUGCACCCGGCAAGACGAAAGAGGACCCUUGGUUCGCCAUGGCGGACAACAAGCGCAACAGCGUUGCGGGCAAGGUUGCGACACCGAACCUCAAGGCUGGCACCGCAUCUAACAAGGACGUCAUUGACGCCGAUUCCAAUCUGUACAAGGCCGUGGGAUCGCGCAUCAAGAUAACAUGCGCUCCCGGCAAGAAUGUCCUCGAGGGCACUCUCUUUACGGCCUGCAACAUUACCCACGCCAUAGCCAUCAACACCGCGCCUGCCCCACCGAAUCCCUCCACCUCUGCUCUCAGCCAGCCAGGCGAUUACCACAUUAUCCCUUUUGCACACAUUGAAUCUUUUGAAAUUCUCGGAUCAGGCGAGCGGGCGCCUGAGUCGACAGCGGGCUUCAACGGAGCACUUCCUAGCAUAUCCAAGGUUGACCUAGCGGCACUGCAAGCCCGUGAAGAUCAGACGAUUCGCGAAAUGAAAAAGAAGGAUGCGCAGAAGGGCAAGGGCGUUAGUGCGGAAGCGCAGGAGCUAUUCGAUGCCAUCUCGAGGACACUACCGACCCGCUGGGCAGACACUCAGAUUGUAGUUAGCGACUCAGUUUUGAUCCAAUCGCCAUACACACUCGACAGCAUCCGAGCACCCGCCGACAAGGCGCAGGCUGAGAAGCACGUGCGCAAGAUUGUCGAACACUACUACCAGCGCAAGAAGGGAGCACAAGCAGGAGUAGCGCGCGCUCCAGUUGCUGUACCUAAUGCCCCACGAAAGGGUGGUUAGAUGUAACGUAGCCUGCAUGGAGUUGGCUUGCGGCACUUUUUUUGAGGUAGAGAUUAGGUCCAAGGAUGGGCAUCACCUUUUCGACAUGCAAAUCAUCGCAUAGAACGGUUAGCAGCUAGGAAAAUGUGGCCAAAUUACCAAACAAGCCGCAGAGCUUAAGAAGUCUUGCGCAGUAAGGAGAAAGAAAGAAGGGAAGAAAUCGGUGAGGGGCGUGGAAUGUCGAUAGUAUGCCGCAUAUGAUUUCAGUGGAGCCGAGGCAACAUUGUGAUCUCAUAUGUGAAAGUGAGAGUACCUAUGUUUUAAAUAAAUCACAAACAAAAUGUUUAAAUUUCAAGACUAUUGUUGGGAG